AUGCUGGAAGUAGUGUCACCUAUUCUUAUCAGUGAAAUCGAAAAUGCUCUCAACCUGAUGAAAACAGACAAAGAAUCCGGGAAAUAUGGUAUCACACCAGUGAUGUUAAGAUGUAGAGGUGAAGAGCUGUGGAAAAUCCUCGUUAUAAGCUCCAAUCGCUACCUGAAAGAGGGUAAAAUACCCACACUGUGGAAAGAGUCAAAUACCAUCCUACUUCAUAUGAAAGGUGAUAAAAAAAUCUGUCGAACCAUAUGCGUCUAUAAGCUGUUUACAAAAGUCAUAGCCACCAUUCUAUCGAAGCAUCUCGACGACCAACAGUCGAAAGAGCAAGCAGGUUUCCGUAAGAACGAUGGAUCAUGUAUUCACAGUAACACAGCUCAUAGAAUGAGUGAUCGAAUACAAGCUUCCUCUGUGUAUCUCUUCUGUUGA